GUUUUGUAUUCUGUUUUUGAACAUGUAAAAGCUUUAGUUGUAUAUUUUUUAAUUGUACAUAUUAUGAUGUUAUUUUUGUAGCUCACACUACCGUCCUCAUCAUCUUCAUCAUCACUAAUAUGACAUUUUGGUUACUCACUCAAAGUAACCAAAAUGUGACCAAGUGACCUUGCAUUUGUUUUUGAAGCAGACCCAUCCAUCUAUUCAUUCAUUCAUUCAUUCAUUCCUGUUCUCUCUGUGGCUGCAGUUUGGAGCAGAGAGAAGCGUGACAGCAGCAGCGGGAGGAGGAGGAGCAGGAAGAGCGCGUUUUGGAGCUCGGAGAGUGUGAGCUCAGUGCACCUCCCCUCUCUCUCUCUCUCUCUCUCUCUCUCUCACUCUCGCCUCCUCUUGCUCUACGAGCCUGUCUGCAAUUCCUGCUCCUCAUGCCAGAGCCUGCAGCUGUCUCUGCUGCGUCCUCCCGCCGCUGCUGUGGGAAACCGUCGCCUCUCGUUACUAAACCCACACCGGACUUUCUCCGUUUCCUGUGGAGUGCGCAGAUUCAUGAGAUAACGCAAUUUACCGACAAAUCCCGAACCCAGUUCACAGUCAGGAGCCUGAAUGAAGACACCUGUCAGAACCUGAGCCACUGCUGCACUGUGUUGACUGUGGACUCUUUAAAGUAGCUACAGGAAUGUGGAAUAAAACUCUGGCUCCACGUAAAUCGACCUGCCUCCAGCCCUGACACCAUGACCACAGACCUGAACCUAACCUCCCUGCUGAAUGUCACAGAUCUCCACAAUCAAACGCGAGGAUGUUCCCUCACCAAGACAGGCUUCCAGUUCUACUACCUGCCCACGGUUUACAUCAUAGUCUUCAUCAUGGGGCUGGUGGGCAACAGUCUGGCCAUUUGGAUGUUCGUGUGCCACAUGAGACCCUGGAGCAGCAUCUCCGUCUACAUGUUCAACCUCGCCCUGGCUGACUUCUGUUACGUUCUCUCGCUGCCGUUCCUCAUCUUCUACUACUUCAACAAAACAGACUGGAUAUUCGGGGACAUUCUGUGUCGUCUGCAGAGAUUUAUAUUCCACGUGAAUCUGUAUGGAAGUAUUCUGUUUCUGACCUGCAUCAGUGUGCACCGGUACACCGGAGUGGUCCACCCACUCAAGUCUCUGGGUCGACUGAAGAAGAAGAACGCAGUCAUCACCAGCGCGCUGGUGUGGGUGGUGGUCAUCAUAGGUAUGUCCCCCAUCCUUUAUUAUUCCAGGACCGCCUUGAAGCGGAAUUCCACCACUUGUUAUGACACCACCACUGUGGACGAGCUACCAGGCUACUUCAUCUACAGCAUGACUUUGACUGUUUUUGGCUUCUGCAUCCCGUUCAUCAUCAUUUUCUGCUGCUACGGCAUGAUCGUCAAGGCCUUGAUCUACAACGACGUGAACAACGCACCGCUGCGGCAGAAGUCAAUCUACCUGGUCAUCAUUGUGCUGGCCGUCUUCGCAGUGUCCUACCUGCCUUUUCACGUCAUGAAGAACCUGAACAUGAGGGCCAGGCUGUACUUUCAGAGCCCUGACAUGUGUGACUUUAACAACCACGUCUACGCCACCUACCAGGUGACACGGGGGCUGGCCAGCCUCAACAGCUGCGUAGAUCCUGUUCUUUACUUCCUGGCUGGAGAUACCUUCAGAAGGAAGUUGUCACGAGCGACUAAAAAGACGUCCAGGAAGGGGGACACUGUCCUCCAGUCAAAAAGUGAGGAGACGGCAUUGAACAGCUUGGCUGAGUACGUGGAAAAUGGAGACCAGAGGCUGUGACAGGUCACUCCUGGUGUCCUGGACUAUGAGUGGACAUGUUUCAGCUCUAAAACUACUAUCCACAAGGUCGUCUCUAAACAAAUGCACUGUCUGGCCCACACAGCUGUGAGUAGACUUUACUGGAGGUUAGUUUAUAGCACUGUGAUAACCCAUGCUUGCUUGCAGCCUGUGGAUGUUGACAACUUGUGUUUUAUCGUCCUGUACCGAUGUUGUGUACUAAAAUGUUGCUGCGAUUACUCUUCAUUCUUAGUGAGGAGUCCACGUUGCUCGUGUUCACACAUAAACAGAACAGUCAGGGAGGCUGCAGGAAGAGAGUUCCCCACAGUCCACAAUUCCCUGUUCAUCAAUUUGAGCAGGAAAAAUGGGCCAUGAGCAGAAAGCUCCUUCUCUAACCACUGAGGUGAAACCUAAUCGAUAGCUGUUCGGGAAAGUGAUGGGAAAGUUUGUCAGAGGAAUUGCACCUGCGACAUCUCUUGGAAGACAAAAUGCACUAAACCUGAUUGUGUUGUAUUAAUGGGCCACACAGACACGGCCCACGUCCACAGUCCAGGGAAGUCUGUUUUAUCUGCAAGGAACUGAAUGUGAUUUACUGUAGAGCCAUAUGGACUGCCUGUCUACAUGGAUUGGGUUGCUAACAGUGUAGACGUACUCCAUGUUUGUAGUGUGGACCUCCGGCGUUGCAGAGGCGAUGUACAGCCUGGUAUACAGACUGUGUACUCUGCAGUAUAACAGAAUACAUACAGCACUUAGAGGAUCAUGUUGUUGAUGUUCGGCCUGUUAACAGUGAUGUGUAAUAUUUAAAAGAUUAAAUUAAUGGGGCCGAAGCACUUAGACUACCUGUGUCAAAGCCAAGGCCCGCAGGCCGAAUUAGGCUAGGAGUUUAACAUGCAUAAAAGUCUAUAGUAUACAGUCCAUACUAAUGUUUACUGUGGGGUGGGUUACAUGCAGUGUUUACAGAGAGUUAAUUAAACUAAUUUUACUAGGCCCAGAGUUUUGCUGCAUUUUUAAGGUAUGUUACCGUGGUUACUAUGAUAUUACAACACAUUGUGACAGGUGUAAAUGAUGUCAAUACGAAGGUGGACGUGGUAAUGAGGACUCAUCUUAAUGCACUGGUUUCAACAGUAAUCACUGUUUACUUUAAACUCAUUCACUGGAUUGGCCGUGUCAUCCAGUCAUCGUGGUUUAUCCUGAGUUGAUUGAACGUCCUCUGUUCUACACUGGUAGAAAUGUCACUGGAACACAUUAGCUGUUCACGUGUGGCAUUUGGGUGAGUCAUGUAACAGUGACUCACGUUUAUAUUCACUUCAUGUUCAGUGAAAGAACAUGAAUGUUGCAUGUUCAAAAUCUAUUUUUGUCAGUAUCAGCAGGUCUGACCCAGACCAGAGUACCGACCCAAACCUGUCAGGUUCAUGAUCUUUCUAGAACGUUCAUUUGGGAAAUGUUCUUCCCAAAUUAGUUCAAACAAACAUUUCUACUGUAAGGGGUAGAAAUGUGCUUUUACAGUUCAGAGGAGGGUUCAGUUGUGUACCACACCGUACGUAGGCCACAUAUGAAGUGAACUGUACAGAAUCUUCUGAUGUCUGUGUCGUUAACAAACCCCUGUUCAAUUCAGCGUCUCUGGAACCAAAAACCUUCGUGCACCAGUCCAUAUAUAAAUAAACGUUCACCAGUGAAACACUGAUUAACCAGAGUGGAGCUAAACAACUGACAACAACAGGAAAUAGCUCGAAAAUGAGCACCGCACACACAUUCUUGUCGUUGUAGCAUUGUGAGUACACUCACUGAUAUAAUGCAUUCCCUAACACCAGUAUUAAAUACCAAAUUUAUAGGUCUAUUCUGGAUUUGGUUAACUGGUCACCAUAAACUGACACAGGUGUGAAUAUGAGUGUGAAUGGUCAUUUGUCUCCAUAUAUGACCCAUAUGUAUGGUGAUGGACUGGAGAAUGUUCACAUUGUGACCCCGACGCCCCCUGGCCUGGUGAUCCUGUAUCAUCUUAGAAUUGAGGUGGAGACAAUAAAUGCAUUAUUUUAUUUUUCCUAGUGGUAGGAAGAGGAUGUAACAACAUUUGACUUUUUUUGUUUGUUGUAGACCAAAGUGUUGUUUUCACCUGAACUAGUCCUUCAUAGACUUUAAGUCAAGGGGCGGGGUCUUCUUUGUGGAGGCGGCCAUGUUGGAUCAUAAUAUUUUAGCAAAAUAACUCAUUAUUUUAUUUGAUUAAUAACUGAAGCCUGAUGUGGUUUGGUGGUGGAGUUUUAGCAAGAAUAUUUAACGUCACCACUAGAUGACGCUAUUUUCUCCACAGUGCACCUUUAAAAUGAACCGUCUGAUGUGGUGUGGCGUGAAUAUCAUCAUGAAUGUUGUUCCAAAUGAAAGUGACGACAGUUGAAGACCACUGCCUCGUGACUCCAUCCAAGUUGAAGUGUUUUUUU